AGUAGUGCUUUUUCACCCCUAAAUAUUUCUGGAUGAGAUGGAAAACUCAUAUGGGGCUAAACUGAAAAUUUGCUUCUCACUUGUUAAUAACAGCAACAAUAAUGAUAAUAAAACAUAAUAAUUAACAUGGAGUGUCUAAUUGUUUCAGGUAUGGUACUAAAUACUUAACACGAGUUCUCGUUUAAGCUGCAAAUAAAACUAUGAGAUAGAUCAGCAAACUGAGGCACAUAGACACUAAAUGACUUGCCUUUGGUCACCCUGUCUUGAAAGUGGCAGAUAAAGGCUUUAUAUUUUUUGUAAGUUUAUUUAUUUAUUUUGAAAGAGAAAGGAAGGGAGGGAGCGAGAGAGGGAGAGAGAGAAUCCCAAGCAGGCACCACACUGUCAGCGCAGAGCCUGACUCGCAGCUUGAUCUCACAAACCAUGAGAUCGCAACCUGAGCCGAAAGCAAGAGUUGGACACUCAACCAACUGAGCCACCCAGGCACUCUGAGAAAGGCUUUAAACCCAGAGACAGAGUCCAACUCCUGAAACUGAGCCUUUAGUAUGCAAAGGGAUAGAAAGCAAAAGAGUAAUAACAUUACUGACUGAUUUAAUCCACUGCUGAAUUUUGGGUUCCAGAUGUUUAGGGAAUAAGAUAUGGUGUGAUAUUAAUCAUGUAGCAGAGACUGACUUGGGUCCUAAUCCAGAAAUUUAUUAAUUUUCUGACCUUUGGUGAAUUAUUUAAUGCCUCCAGCCUUCACUUUCCUCAGUAGUUAAGUGAUGAUAAUAGCACCUCAUGGAAUUAUUGUGACAGUGUAAAAAGCCAAAUCCCCUAGCAUAAAUAUGAGAGUUUGAUAUUAGUAUUAUUUCUGGUUCUGCUGUUGUAAUAUCAAUAUGCCUUAAAUAUAAACUACACUAGGGAAGGGGUGAAUUCAUGUGCCCAAUUGUACCAGGGAAUCCUUGAAGAAUAAAAUGAAGACAGAAAAAGGAAGGGAAGAUUAUACCAGAAAGGGGAAUCAAAGGCACAGACCUAAGAAAGACCUCGAUGUGAGAGAGAGAUGGUAAAUACAUUUAGCCUCACAGGACCAAAGGUUUCACAUAAGAUAAGGUAGGAAUGAGAUGGGCUAUUGUAUGUAAUUUUGUUUCAUGACUCAAAAUAAACAGUCACCAUAUUUGAUUCUGAUAAGUGUUCUCAACUUUUUUUGUAAAAAUCCCUUAUUUAAGUGUAAAAGAAGCAGAAGGCUUUCAUUUGGCUUAAUAAUGAUCCUGAGAAUAUUAACUCUCUGUGUAACUAUCCUUAUAUGUCUAAUCACCUGGGACCAUUGUUAAAAAUUCUGAUCCCUGACCUUCUCUAGAUUUGGGGUAGAACCCAGGAUUCUAUGCAUGUACUAUCACUUGCAAGUAAUUUUUAUCAUUAGGAAAGUUUUGGAAACAAGGCUGUAAUCCACCCUCCACAUCACUGGCAAAAUAAUCUUUAUAAAAUGAAUAAUUUACCAGCCAAGGAUUCUUACAUAGCUGGGUAAGAAUGCCACUGGGUCUCAGAUGAAGCACAGAUACUUGGGGGGGAGCAUUCAAGAUCAUACACAACCUGUUCUGAUCUACUUUUAAAACCACUCUCCUCUGCCCCUGUUUUCCAGUCAUGCCACACUGCACACAGGUCUCUGUUCAUGCUUUUUGUGUCCUGUGGCCUGAAUCCCCCCACAUCUGCUUUCUUACCUAGAAAAAUGACACAUGCUUAAAAGCUGAGUUCAAAUGUCACCUGUUCUAUUGUAACAUCCCACAUCCCAUUAAGGAACCCCCGCCUCUGCCUUUCUGACUUUCCAUAGCAUUUUGCACUGACAUUUCUUGUAUGUCAGUGGUACACAUUAUCAGUUUCGGAAAGGGUUCAGACUGUUUUAUUUACCCUCUACCCCUCACUGCUCAGAAUACUGCUUAACACAAAGGAAGUGCUCAAUAAACAUUGGUUGAUAACUGAAUGCAUGAGUGAAGGUUCAUUUCACACUCUGUAUUUUAGUUUGUUCCUUGAGUAAUGGAAGACCAGUUAGAAAGACAACUGGGGCUUUUGCUAAAUUAUUUUCAUCUUUUUUUUUUUUUGAAGUGGCCUGUCAUUGGUGAACUUUAAUAAGCCUUUUAAAAUUAAGAUCCUUUGAUUUUUAAUAACAAAAAAUAUGCAGUCUAGAGUCCAUUUUACAUCGUGCCUCUUUGUUAGAAUAGCAUGGAGCUUCAAAGUUGCCAUACACUGGAGUGUGAGUUAAAGCCCAUGCAUUAUCUGACAUGAUAGGAGAUGCCUUUCCUGCUCUCUCUCUUAUGUGGACAUUUUGCACAUUCAGGGAAAGUGAUACCGUGCCUAAAAAAGAAAAGCCAGAGGGUGAGGUGGAGGGAAAAAAAGGGCAAAUGCAAAAUGAAGACACCCAAUGCUGGAAAGGAAAAAUAAAGGUUAAAGAACAGCUAGUUUUCUUUGCAGAGACUGUAAAAUGAAAUCCUUUAUGUUUUUAUCCUACAAAAUUUUAGGUCUUCCUAAAUUUGCCUAAGCUAACUUACUUUUCUGAGGGAAGAUCUUUUUUUAUUGUCCCAUGUUUUGGUGCCAAUUUUUGUAGCACAUACUAAAGCUAAAUUUGCAGCCGGUUAGCAUAUAAUUUAUUUUAAAAGCUUAAAUAGGAUCUUUUCCAUGCAAGGUAAAGCUUUUAAAAUACAAAACAAGCAAGAACAGUGAAUAGCUGUUACUCAUUCCAUGUCUACCCUUGAGUGGUGUUUAUGGAGGGGACUGGGUGUAUUUCAGCUGGAGUGCCUGGUCUCAGCGGCAAAUGCAACGCUCUCCUGACAUCACUCUCAAGAGAACGAGAGGCUGUGUAAGAGUUUGAAAUGUUAUCUUUUGAGGCAGGGCUAAUGCGAUUCUAUGUCAGCUGUCCUCUUAUUUUUCUCUUUGGUGGAGUCACCAAUGUCACCAUGUUCUCGAAAUUAAGAAUCCAUGCACGAAACACCAAAGGCCAAAUAAGAGAUUCUUCUUCUGAUACUUGUUCUCACCAAACUUGUUGAUCUCCUUCUAAUUACUUGUCAUUUGGCUUCAUAAAGUACUUUUUAUCUUGAAUUCUCAGAAUAGUUUGUGGAGAUUAUCUUGUUUUUCUUUGCAGUGUUUCUAAGAGCAGAAUGCAUUUCAUUCCUAUUUAAUGGUAGAGAUGAAAGAGAUUCUGUGCAUUGGAUUUCAGAAACUUUACAGCAGGAAAUGAGGUGGUAGCAAAUUUACUCAUUAAGAUCUAAGUCUGCAGACUAUAAAUUUAUCUUCAACACUGUACGAGGUUAGCACACCUUUUUUCCAGUUGCUUCAGUACCUGGUGCCCUGAGUGGUGUAUCUGCCUGGACAUCCUUCUGUGCCAGGCUUGCUUGAUUGGUGGGGAGGGGAGCUGCUACAUUUUUUGCAUUUAUUUUCUAUUUUAAGACAGAGACACUGAAACAGAGAAGGGAAAAGUUAUUUGUUUAAGAGCAAAAAAUUACUCAUUAAAUCUAAUUCUACAAUAGGAAACUAUUGAUUUCUAUCCAUGCUAUGUACAUUGGUUUUCUGUCACUUAUUUUUUUCUUCUUCUCCUCUUCUUCUGCCUCCUCCUCCUCAUUAUUAUUAUUACUAUUAUUACUAUUGUUGUUACUAUUAUUAUUAUUAUUAUUAUUAUUAUUAUUAUUGGUUUUCUUUGUGGUCCUUCACUUUGAGAUAAGUUGAACUAGAUGUCAAAGAAAAGGCCGAUUAGAAAAGGUGUGUAAAUAGUAAAAUGAAUGACUGAUUCUUUGACCCUUGAAAGAAAAAGAAAGUCAUGCAAACAAGUUUAAAAGAAUUGUUCAGUUGGAUGAUUCUGAAAGUAUGCAGCCUUGUUAUUAACGCUGAAAACUUUAAUUACAUUUCAUUAUACUAUACUAGCUUCUCUUAAUUGCUGAAAGGGGACUAUGAAAGCAAAAACAAAAAUGCCUAAUCUCUAGAAGCUAGAUUUUCCUCCACUGCUUUGUAAUGUAAAUGUGCCUGUGUGUAUAUUAAAAUUCACACACUCCAUCCAUCUCUCUGGCUUUUAACGGAGGGGUCACCUGACUUCACCUAGAGCCGCCCCCCUCCCUUUCGCAGAGGAAACCCAAAAGUGAGAGACAGGCGCUUACAGAACACAGGUUCUCAUGCUGGGAGGUGUAAAUGACCCCGACUGAACGGAAUCCAAGGAAAAUUCUGGACAUCCAUGCUGAAAAAAUCAAAGCUCAGCUGAGACUACUUCUAUCAAGAAAAUUACAUUAUCUAAGAAUGGGUUGGAUCAGUACAGGUGGUUUGAGAAGACACUGACUGAGGACCAUGGAAAGGUGGGAGAGGACGUGCGGCUUCUCUGCUUCCUUUGAACAGAGCUCUAGGCACCACAAGGCCACAUAAGGAGGGUGAGGUCCCUGGAGUGGACUAUAUUUUCAUCACCGUUGAAGAUUUUAUGGAAUUGGAGAAAAGUGGUGCUCUCUUAGAAAGUGGGACUUAUGAAGACAAUUACUACGGCACGCCGAAGCCUCCAGCAGAACCAGCACCAUUAUUAUUAAAUGUGACAGACCAGAUACUUCCGGGAGCCACUCCAAGUGCUGAAGGAAAACGGAAGAGGAAUAAAUCAGUGAGCAACAUGGAGAAAGCAAGUAUAGAGCCUCCUGAGGAGGAAGAGGAAGAGAGGCCUGUGGUCAAUGGAAAUGGAGUAGUAACACCAGAAUCCAGUGAACAUGAAGACAAGAGUGCAGGUGCCUCAGGGGAGACACCCUCCCAGCCUUAUCCUGCACCAGUAUACAGUCAGCCCGAAGAGCUGAAGGAGCAGAUGGAUGAUGCAAAACCAACUAAACCUGAAGAGAAUGAGGAGUCAGACCCAUUGCCUGAUAACUGGGAAAUGGCCUAUACAGAGAAGGGUGAAGUCUACUUCAUAGACCAUAACACAAAGACAACAUCAUGGCUGGAUCCACGACUUGCGAAAAAGGCUAAACCUCCAGAAGAAUGCAAAGAAAAUGAGCUUCCAUAUGGCUGGGAAAAAAUUGAUGAUCCCAUAUAUGGCACUUAUUAUGUUGACCACAUAAAUAGAAGAACACAGUUUGAAAACCCUGUCCUGGAAGCAAAAAGGAAGCUACAGCAGCAUAACAUGCCCCACACAGAACUUGGAACAAAGCCCCUGCAGGCCCCAGGUUUCCGAGUAGACGGCUCCUCAUCGACAUUACCCAGGCCCAAAUCUGCCCGCCCCCGCGCUGUGCUGGAGAGGUCGCGCAGCGUGACUGACUUGUCUUACUGUCCGCGCAACCGCACAGGGAGGCCCUGGCCCUUUGAAAAACCACUCUUCACCCGGGAUGCAUCCCAGUUGAAGGGAACGUUCCUCAGCACCACCCUAAAAAAGAGCAACAUGGGUUUUGGAUUCACCAUCAUUGGUGGAGACGAGCCUGAUGAGUUUCUGCAGGUGAAAAGUGUCAUUCCCGAUGGGCCUGCAGCACAGGAUGGGAAAAUGGAAACAGGUGAUGUCAUUGUCUAUAUUAAUGAAGUUUGUGUCCUUGGACACACUCAUGCAGAUGUAGUCAAACUUUUCCAGUCUGUUCCUAUCGGUCAAAGUGUCAACCUGGUGUUGUGUCGUGGCUACCCUUUGCCCUUUGAUCCUGAAGAUCCUGCUAACAGCAUGGUGCCACCCCUUGCAAUAAUGGAGAGGCCACCUCCAGUGAUGGUCAAUGGAAGACAUAACUAUGAAACAUAUUUGGAAUACAUUUCUCGGACCUCACAGUCAGUUCCAGAUAUAACAGAUCGGCCACCUCAUUCUUUGCACUCAAUGCCAGCGGAUGGUCAACUAGAUGGCACGUAUCCACCACCCGUCCAUGAUGACAAUGUGUCUAUGGCUUCAUCUGGGGCCACCCAAGCUGAACUUAUGACCUUAACCAUUGUGAAAGGUGCCCAGGGCUUUGGCUUCACUAUUGCCGAUAGUCCUACAGGACAGCGGGUGAAACAAAUACUUGACAUUCAGGGAUGCCCUGGUCUGUGUGAAGGCGACCUCAUUGUUGAGAUCAACCAGCAGAAUGUACAGAACCUGAGCCAUACGGAAGUAGUGGAUAUACUUAAGGACUGUCCCAUUGGAAGCGAGACUUCUUUGAUUAUCCAUCGAGGAGGUUUCUUUUCUCCAUGGAAAACUCCAAAGCCUAUAAUGGACCGAUGGGAAAAUCAAGGCAGUCCUCAAACGAGUUUAUCUGCUCCGGCCAUACCGCAGAACCUGCCCUUCCCACCCGCCCUUCACAGGACUUCCUUUCCUGACUCAACAGAGGCCUUUGACCCAAGGAAGCCUGACCCAUACGAGCUCUACGAGAAAUCUAGAGCGAUUUAUGAAAGUAGGCAACAAGUGCCACCAAGGACCAGUUUCCGAAUGGAUUCCUCUGGUCCAGAUUAUAAGGAACUGGAUGUUCACCUUCGCAGGAUGGAGUCUGGAUUUGGCUUCAGAAUCCUCGGGGGGGAUGAGCCUGGGCAGCCGAUUUUGAUUGGCGCUGUCAUUGCCAUGGGUUCAGCCGACAGAGACGGCCGCCUACACCCAGGAGACGAGCUGGUCUAUGUCGACGGGAUUCCAGUGGCUGGCAAGACCCACCGCUAUGUCAUCGACCUUAUGCACCAUGCAGCUCGGAACGGGCAGGUCAACCUCACUGUGAGAAGGAAGGUGCUAUGUGGAGGGGAGCCCUGCCCAGAGAACGGGAGGAGUCCAGGCUCUGUAUCAACCCACCACAGCUCUCCACGCAGUGACUACGCAGCCUACACCAACAGCAACCAUGCCGCCCCCAGUAGCAAUGCCUCUCCGCCCGAAGGCUUCGCCUCCCACAGCCUGCAGACCAGUGAUGUGGUCAUUCACCGCAAAGAGAACGAAGGCUUCGGCUUUGUCAUCAUCAGCUCCCUGAACAGACCUGAGUCCGGAUCCACUAUCACUGUGCCCCAUAAAAUCGGCCGCAUCAUCGAUGGGAGUCCUGCAGACCGCUGUGCAAAACUGAAAGUGGGAGACCGGAUCUUAGCAGUGAACGGCCAGUCCAUCAUCAACAUGCCUCAUGCAGACAUUGUGAAGCUCAUCAAGGAUGCUGGUCUUAGUGUCACCCUCCGCAUCAUCCCUCAGGAGGAGCUCAGCAGCCCAGCGUCGGCACCCAGCUCAGAGAAGCAGAGCCCCAUGGCCCAGCAGAGUCCUCUGGCCCAGCCGAGCCCAGCCACUCCCAACAGCCCUGUUGCCCAACCAGCUCCUCCUCAGCCACUUCAGCUGCAAGGACAUGAAAAUAGUUACAGGUCGGAAGUGAAAGCAAGGCAAGAUGUGAAACCAGACAUCCGACAGCCUCCAUUCACAGACUACAGGCAGCCACCGCUGGACUACAGGCAGCCCCCAGGAGGGGACUACCAGCAACCCCCACCCUUGGACUACAGGCAGCCUCCCCUGCUGGACUACAGGCAGCACUCUCCUGACACCAGGCAGUACCCUCUGGCAGACUACAGGCAGCCCCAGGAUUUUGAUUAUUUCACUGUGGACAUGGAGAAGGGCGCCAAAGGGUUUGGAUUUAGCAUUCGUGGAGGAAGGGAAUACAAAAUGGAUUUGUACGUGUUGAGACUGGCAGAAGAUGGGCCAGCAAUAAGAAACGGAAGGAUGAGGGUAGGAGAUCAAAUCAUUGAGAUCAAUGGGGAAAGCACAAGAGACAUGACACACGCCAGAGCAAUAGAGCUCAUCAAGUCGGGAGGAAGAAGGGUCCGUUUGCUGCUGAAGCGUGGGACGGGGCAGGUCCCGGAGUAUGACGAACCCAACUGCUGGAGUUCUCCCGCUGCCGCCUCCCCAGGUCUGCCGGAAGUAGGCGUCUCCCUCGAAGACGUCCUCUCUCCAUUCUCUCCAUCACAUCCAGCCCCACCCUCCGACCCUUCCCACCAGAUAGGCCCAGACCCAACUUGGGAUAUCAAAAGGGAACACGACGUUAGGAAACCAAAGGAGCUUUCAGCCGGCGGCCAGAAGAAGCAGCGCCUCGGGGAGCAGAGGGAGCGCUCGGCCAGCCCGCAGAGGGCCGCUCGGCCGAGGCUCGAGGAGGCGCCAGGCGGCCAGGGGCGGCCCGAGGCCGGCAGGCCCUCCUCGGAGGCCAGGGCGCCCGGGCCCGCGGCGGCGGACGCGGCAGACGCGGCGCGGGCCGGCGGGAAGGAGGGGCCCCGUGCCGCGGUGGGCCCCGAGCUCGGCCGGCGCGAAGGCCCCGGGGCUGCGCCCGCGUUCGCGGGCCCGGGCCGUGGCGGUGGCGCGGCGCGCCUGGGCGCGCGGGAGGCCGAGGGCAGGGCGGGCGCGCGCGCGGGGCCCCGGCAAGGCGCGCGGCCCCCGGGGGGCGCCCCCGCGCGCAAAGCCGCCGUCGCGCCGGGGCCUUGGAAAGUGCCCGGCUCCGACAAGCUGCCAGGCGUCCUGAAGCCCGGCGCCUCGGCUGCGGGCAGAUGAGCCGCGCGGCAGCAGCCCGCCGCCCCGCCUCGACGCCUGCAGGCCGUUCUUCUUAGGUUCCGUCUCACGGCGUUUUAAUUUAUUUUCACUGUCACACGCAUAGAUUCACGAGGCACCAAGGCCUGGGAGCAUCGACGUGAAGUCCCACGUGUCCAACGAGCAUGGGCCGUACAGCGUCCACGCGCAGACCUAAACUGAUCCUAAAGCCCCUGGUUCCAUUUUGGGGGCUUUGGCAGCUAUGGAAGAACCAAAAUAACGUGAAGAACAUCACAGAGAGACAGUGCAGUGUAGCUUUAGUAAAAAGAAAAAAAGAAAAAAAAAUUACCCCCACUGCAUGAAGGAUUUGGAUGCCAUCCAAACUUUAUAUCAAGAAACUGGACAAGUUAAGAGCAAUCACAAACUGGAAUAUCGCCUUAAAAAUCAAACUGCACGGAGCAAGCUGAAACUGAGACAAGAUUAUAUCUUUUAAUUGAUCUAAAGAGUUGUAAAUAAAUUGUUCUCGACAUAUCUAGACAGGGGUUAAAAGGUUUCUUUGAAACAUUCAGAACUGUUCGCCCAUGACCUGUUUCCAUGGCUCACUCGUGGCAUCCAUCACCGGUAUUAGCUGCAACGUUCCCUGCGUACUGCAGGACGAGUUAGAAAUCUAGUGAAUUCAUUGGUGUGAUGCCAUUUUUACUGCCAUUUCUGUGAUCAAAUCAUAUUUCUGUACAUUUUCAGUGGUAGGAAAAAAAAGGUUUGAAAAUUGUAUCUUAGGGAACAGAUUGCCAUAAGUCUGAAUUUUGCAGUUUAGAUCAUAGAUCUUAAUUGGUUUUCAUCUAAAAUACGCAUUUUAUAAUUGAAGGACCACAAUUUGUUUAAUCAAGAUUGGCAACGCUGCAGUUCCUUUAUGAAAAGGCUUUCCUAUUGUCUCAGGCUAGCAGAGAUAGUAGCUUCUUUGACAGCAGUGUUAUUUUUCACUUAUUUUAUUGUCUUUUUAAUCCUCUUUCCAUUGCUUCAUUUUCACUUUGAUAGAGCAGAGACAAAGUUUCUCCUGUAUUUCUCAGAUUAUAAUGAAUCCCUGAUAUUAAAAAAUCAUUAUGACCAAUUUAUUUUCAUCAAAGAAUGUGAACCUUUUAGCAUUCUUUUCUGCUUAUUGUUCUUUAGUCUUUCUCCUUUUAUUUUCAUUUGGUUUGCUUUCUUGUCUUUGUAUUCUUUGUCAUUUUUUAAUUUCUUUAGCAACCUCUAGGUGUUUCCUUUUAUCUUCAUCAAUCUAUGGUUGAUUCCCUAGUAAAAUUCUUUCUUCCCUGCCGUUUUAAUAUUUCUUUGUAAAAUGUUACCCUCAGUUAAUUAUCCAUUGGUACUGAUUUGUAGCUACACAUAUUAAAAAGGCAAAAUGUUUCUGAGGACAGUUUCUCUUUAAUUUGUCCUGAAUGAAUGAGGCUGCAUCUUUCCCAUAUUCUGCCCCUUACAGGAGUUCAAAUGCAAAUAAGCCUCACCUCCCUGCACUUGUAGUCAAAUAAGUAAAACGGGAGAUCAGGUCCAUCACAGGGGGUCACACAUAAUAGCCUCCUUCAGCUGACUCUUUCCCUCUCUGUAAAUUGCAGUAACCUGAGCACUAGCCAUUUAAUUUCCAUCAGGCAUAGGAGUAGUUUCGUUGUUUGACAAGAAGAGAAUAUGGUUGAAAGCCUCAAGUGAAGAAUCUUGCAGCUUGUAAAAGCAAUUUCCAAAAAUGGAAUCCAUUCAACAUAAACAAAAGCACAAACACAUGUAGCAGUUUACAAUACUUUGGGUUUAAUCUCAAUUAGUCUUUCUCCCCUGGACUAGAAAUCCAGUAUAGUUUGCCAUUAAUUUAUUGAAUCUGGUUUUGGACAAUGCUUCUGUAGUGUAGCUGCACGUCCCAGUACUGUAUCCUCUGACCUUUAUUUUUCAUGUGUUACAAAAGGAUAAAAAAAAGUUGAGAUUACGCUUGCAUAAAUUCUAAUUUGCACAGUUCACAGCUACUACUCGUGCAGUAAUUGCUUUAUGCGGCUGUAAUCCAUAACCUGUGAAGACAGCACAUCAUCUAAAUCCCAUUCCAAAUAAUAUAUCUGUGUAGUGUUAGCUGUGAAUUUACCCUGUACAGCUGUAUCUCUAUAAAUAUAAUUCCAUGUAUUAAUAGUCACAGAAAGACUGUAAGUGAGCAACUAUUUUUAUGAAACGCACCACUAUGGAUAAAUUAACUUUUACAGAAAUCUUGUUUACUGUAUGAUAUUCUAAAACACUGUCAAAUAAAAUAUAUAUCCAAAAAUCUUUUCUUUUUCCAACUA